AUGAAUGCUAGAAAUCUCUUCUAAGAAUAACGAAUUUAAUCAGAAACUAAAUCACUUUGGAAAAUUUAAUCUUUGUAUAUUGAUUUGAGUUGGAAUAUAUAAAAAUCUAAAUCUGUGCUCUUUUAUUCCAAAUACUUUGAAAUCAUAAAGGAGAUGGGUAAUUAAACUAAGAAUAUUAGUACUAAAAAGUUGUCAAUAUUUUAAUUAUACUAAAUUAUUGACGUUAGUGAAAUGAUGAUCAACUAUAAGCUCAAGAAAAAAGAAACAAUCCUAAUUUCUUAAAUCCUAAAUAUCUUCAUUUUUAUUUAUGCAACGCAUUGA